CAGAAGUCACCAGAGUGGUGGUGCUGAUGCUAACUUUUCUUGUGUUUACAGCACGAUUUAUGUGAAAGAUGAGUUAAAAUUCCUGGACAUUUCCACGUAAAAACAUCAGUCACAGUCCAGACUGGAGAAGCUAUCAAGAAUUUGCUCAUUAAAUCAAGAAGUCCAGAGAGACCUUUUAUUAUAUUCUGCCUCACACCGAUAAAGAGAAAGUAUAAAGGUAUUUUGACCGAGGUCCCUGGAGGACAGGUCUCCACCUGCAGGGAGGGGGUCCGAGACCAACAACUUUCAUUACAGAAAGUUCUAAAACACAGCGACUGGGAUUUAUGUGAUUGCUUGUCCUUGACAUAAUGAAGCUCCGAAUCAGGGUCAGCAGACAGACUAGCAGACUGGAGCUACUGGGAGAAGAUCCCAGUCUCAAAGAUCUCAUAGAUCAAAUCAGAGGGAGUAUCCUAUCAACACAUGGACUGAGUGCAGACUCAGAGUUCAGUUUGUCUCUAAACGGCACAGAGCUCCUGACAGACAAUGGUCAGACUCUGUCAUCCUGUGGAAUCGUAUCUGGAGAUUUGAUCAGUGUGAUCUUACCUGAAUCUACAGCCACAACUGCUGCUGCUUCUUCCACCUCCUCCUCCUCCUCAACCUCCUCCUCAUCCUCCACCUCCUCCUCCUUCUCCUCCUCCUCCUCCUCCUCAUUAUCCUCAUUCAGCACCCAGCAGGCAUCCAGCAGCUCAAACAUCGGGUCACAGAAGCAGGAACAGACUCGACAGAUGACAGCAAUGACCUCCAGCCAGACAAGUUUGUGCAGCCCUGCAGUACCAAGCGGCUCUGAAGGGAACGUUGAUGUGUUGGACCCUGAACCGUCGGUCCCCAUCUGGGAGCCAAUGUUGUGCAGCGAAGCCGAGAAUGGCCAGGCCCCGCUCUCUCUGGAGCUUCUCUACCAUGUCGACAACAUCACAAGCCCCAGUGAUGCCAUCAUGGUCGCUGGAAACCUGCUGAUGCUUGAAACAGGAUUUAUUCAUGAGGGCAGUGCACUGAAGUCUACAGAGAUGCCUGCUGGGUGGAGGAGGGCAGGGGGAGUCUAUAAACUGCAGUACACCCACCCUCUGUGUGAAAACAGCCUGGCUAUGGUGGUCGCUGUGUGCAUGGGCCCUAUUCUCACCAUUAACGCAACACUGAACGUGAACCAAACGGUCAACUCCAUCUGCAAACUCUGUCUGAACCCAUCCAGCUAUGUGACUGAUGAGUGGCCAGGAGAAAGUGCAGCUGCAGCUUUCAAAGAUCUGAACAAACUGUCCCGAAUCUUCAAGGACCAGGUGGCCUACCCACUGAUUGCUGCAGCCAGAGAAGCCAUGGCUCUGCCAGUGGCCUUCGGUCUGGGGGCUCUACCCCCGGAGCUCCUCCUCAGGGUCUUAAGGCUGUUGGACGUCCACUCCAUUGUGAGGCUGUCGUCAGUCAACAGACACUUCCACGUCUCCACAGCAGACUCCACGCUCUGGAGACACCUGUUCUGCCGCGACUUCAAAGGUCAAGAUUCCAGCAAGAGAUCGAGAGACACAGACUGGAAAGAGCUUUACAAAACAUCCUACAAGAUCCGGAUUAAAAAUCGAUGUGUGCCUCAUCAUCCGUACCCACUUCCUUUCGUUCCUAACCCCAGAGACAUCUUCAACCCCUUGCCUGUUCCCUUCCCACCGCCCAUCCCGGGGAUCAUCGGUGGGGAGUACGACCAGAGACCAAACAUUCCCCAAGGCCUGCUCCCUCGUCCACGCUAUGACCCCUUGAAUCCAUUUAGAGGCCAGGGUACGAGGUGGUUUUAAUGACAUGCACUGGUCUAGACCGAUGAGUGGAUUCAUCUCACUCUCAUCUGUCCAAAGUCUGAUUUCAGGACAGCUACAAUAAAACAAGAAUUGCAUCAUGUGUGUUUUUUAUUCAGAGGUUUGGUGAGGUGGUGUGUUCAGUUUCUGUGAGGACAAAUUCAUUCACUACAGGAGUAUUAAUUUGUAGUAACCCCUGCGCCACUGUCUUCACUGAUUUCACUAAUUCUUUGUUAAUUUUGUUUUUGCUGGGCUGUAAUGAAAGACUUGGGCCAUCAUCAUUUUCUUUCAUAUAUACCAGAGUGUGUGUGCGUGUGUGUGUGUAUCUCAUUAAAACACACUAAAAACUGCAGUACCAGAGGA